GGAGGAGAGCCAGGAUCUGUUUCUGUUCAACGAGGCUCAGGUGCAGCCUGGUGGAGCAACACAAACUCAGAUGAAGCAGGUGCACAGAGGCAAGUUUCAGUCGCUGUAUCGUGCACGUACUUUGGGGCAUGCAGGCAAGUGUAUGCGUGCACAUGUGCUUUGGUGACAGCAGCCAGCAGCCACAACAAAGGAAAGAAGAGCAACACAGCAGCAACAAUGUGGUGUAACUGAGCUCCUUUUGCACAUCUGUCACCUUUUGUACCCCCUCCCCACCCCCUUUUGCAGUGUAUAACCCUUAGCCUCCGACCUAAAGACACCUGCUGCCUCACCUGACCCAACAGGUGGACUUUGACAACUUGGCAAAACAGACAUUAACCUCUGGAAGCCUACGCAGAGUGAGGUCAACCUUGACUUCCUGUGUCUAGUGGAUGUCUUUUAACCCCAAUCAUGGGAGAAUGGACCAUUCUGGAGCGCCUCCUAGAGGCCGCUGUGCAGCAGCACUCUACUAUGAUCGGAAGGAUUCUGCUGACAGUGGUGGUAAUAUUCCGAAUCCUGAUUGUGGCCAUCGUGGGGGAGACGGUAUACGAGGAUGAGCAGACCAUGUUCAUCUGUAACACUCUGCAGCCAGGCUGCAACCAGGCCUGCUAUGACAAAGCCUUCCCCAUUUCCCACAUUCGCUACUGGGUCUUCCAAAUAAUCCUGGUCUGCACACCAAGUCUCUGCUUCAUCACCUACUCAGUCCACCAGUCGGCCAAACAGCGAGACCGGCGAUACUCCUUUCUCUACCCCAUAAUGGAGCGGGAUUACGGAGCAAGGGAUGGGGCUCGAAAGCUGCGCAACAUCAACGGUAUUCUUGUUCAGCACGGUGGUGAUGGAGAAGGAGGGAAGGAAGAACCUGAUUGCCUUGAGGUAAAGGAAAUACCCAAUGCCCCAAGGGGCCUCACCCAUGGGAAGAGCUCCAAAGUUCGUCGGCAAGAAGGGAUCUCGCGCUUUUACAUCAUUCAGGUAGUGUUCCGAAAUGCACUGGAGAUUGGCUUCUUGGCAGGCCAGUACUUCCUGUAUGGCUUUAGUGUACCUCGGAUCUUUGAGUGUGAUCGCUACCCGUGUCUGAAAGAAGUGGAAUGUUAUGUGUCUCGACCCACAGAAAAAACUGUUUUCCUCGUGUUCAUGUUCGCAGUGAGCGGCAUCUGCGUGGUGCUCAACCUGGCCGAGCUCAACCAUCUGGGCUGGCGUAAAAUCAAGGCAGCGAUCAGGGGCGUCCAGGCACGCAGGAAGUCCAUUUGUGAGAUCAGAAAAAAGGACAUGGCGCACCUGUCCCAGCCGCCAAACCUGGGCCGCACGCAGUCCAGUGAAUCAGCGUACGUGUGAUGGUGAAUGGAAAUACUUGUACUGCAGGACGAAUGUGCAACAGAGAGAAUAAAUAUAAUGUGAGCGUAAUUUAAUGAAGAUGGGCACGAGGGUCAAAACUGAUGACCUCAUCUGUGUUGCUGAAAUGAAACAGAAUGUAAAAUGACCAAAUGUUUGGCUUUUUAGACCAACCAAGUGAGCUGUGUAAGAAGAAACUUAAGAAGGAUAAAA